ACCCGGCUAGGACUCUGCUAAAGUUAGCCUUCAAAGUAGCCCGAGAAGUUCUUCAUCAGCGAAACGUCUCCAUGCAACUGAAGGGUGUGAACAACAAGAAUAUACGCUAUAGUCCACACGAAGGAGAAUCCUUUUUUUGCAUGACACCAGUGUGUGUCGCUGCUUUAAGUAGCAGUGAUGGAGGGACCUGCUGCGUCGUGUGAGAAGGCGACUCUGGCCCCCGGGGGCCGCCUCCGCACGGACAGGGCGGACAGCCCCACUCCGGGUCUGGUGGAGGGAACGGAACCAGGUGCCGGUCAGAAGAGUGCCAUGUUCGUCCACGCGCAAUCCUUCGAGGAUCUGACUGCUGAGGACGAGGAUCGGAGGGAGGCCGAACUGGAUCAGUCGAGCGAGUGCGCAGAGGACCUCAAGGUGCUGGAGGGAGAGAAGAGCGCGGAGGAGGAGGAGGAGCAGCAGCAGCAGCAGCAGCACAACAACAACGACGACAUCACAUCGGAGAGUAGGACCAAGGAGGAAGACGUGUCCGGCGAGGCGUGGAGGAGCCACAGAAAGCACGUGUUUGUGCUUAGCGAGGCCGGAAAGCCAAUCUACAGCCGCUACGGCACGGAGGAGGCCCUGUCCAGCACCACGGGGGUCAUGAUGGCCCUGGUGUCUUUUGUUGAGGCAGAGAAGAACGUCAUUCGUUCCAUCCAAGCAGAUGGCUGUAAAGUGGUUUUCCUCAGCAAGACCCCCCUGGUCCUGGUGUGUGUGUCUCGGACCUCUCAGACCGACAAGGAGCUGCUGCGGGAGCUGCAGUACAUCUACUACCAGAUUGUCAGCCUGCUGACCCUCACCCAGCUCAACCACAUCUUUCAGCACAAGCAAAACUUUGACCUGCGCCGCCUGCUGUCCGGCUCCGAGUACCUCACCGACAACCUGCUGCAUCGGCUGGACCGAGACCCCGGCCUGCUGCUCAGCGCCGUCACCUGCCUGCCUCUGGCCAGCUCCGUCAGGGACGUGGUGUCGUCGGGCCUGCAGGCCGCCAAAUCCGAGAGCCUGGUGUUCUCCAUCUUGCUGGCGGGCGACCGCCUGGUUACUCUGGUGAGGAAAAAGGACCAGUUCCUGCACCACAUAGACUUGCACCUGGUCUUCAACCUGGUGGGCUCCUCCUCGUCUUUCCGAGAGGGCGAAGGCUGGACGCCGAUCUGUCUGCCGAAGUUCAACACCGCUGGGUUUUUCCACGCUCACAUCUCCUACCUGGAGCCUGCGUCGCAGCUCUGCCUCAUCCUGGUCUCGACCGACCGGGAGGACUUUUUUAACAUGUCCAAUUGCAAGCAGCGGUUCCUGGAGAGGCUGAGCAAGCGCACCGCCUACCCGGCCCUGAAAGAAGCCCUUAAAUGUCCCGGCUAUUCUGUGGCACAGGUCGCCAUCCCGGAGCUCAGGCACUUCCUGUACAAGUCAAAGAGCUCAGGGCUGUACACCAGUCCAGAGUUCCCCGACGUGUACCAGUCUGAUGGAGAGCAGGAGCGGCUGAUGGGAUUGUACCAGCGCCUCCACGGCAGCCUGCAUCACCCAACCAGACCCCUCCGCUCCUUCUACCGCUGUGGAGAAACGGAAAACCUGCUGGCAUGGGUGACGAGCGGCUUCGAGCUCUACCUGUGUUUCAGCCCGCUGGGGACCAAGGCCAUGGCCGUCUCUGCUGUCAACAAACUGCUAAAGUGGAUCCGGAAGGAGGAGGAUCGCCUCUUCAUCCUGAGUCCGCUCACCUACUGAGACCUGGCUGCUCAAGCAAAGAGACUCCCGUCUGAUGCUGAUGGUGCAGCGGUUUGGUAUUUGGGUCAUGAUUGUCCAGGCUUUUUUUUUUUCUUUUUGCUUUCGGAUUCCUCUGAUUUGUGAUUGAGUAGAUUAAGCACUGACGUUAAAAUAAAAGAGUAUUUUAUCUGGCUCGCUUUUUUAACUUAAUAUUUGAAUGACAGCAGCAGCAUCAGCAUCAUCCAUGGAGACCCAACAACAUGACCCGUGGUGCUCCUAUGAUUUUGGAGAUGUUUUUACUGUAACAGACCAAUUAUGCCUCUAAGACUAUGAAAGACCAUGUUGUUGUUUUGUAAACCUGUUCUCUUCAGUUCUUAAAAAUCAGGAAUGAAAUUUGGAUUUAAAAAAACUGGAAUUUGCAAUAGAAUGUAUUCCCAUGUUAUGACACAUGCUGUCAAAAUAUGAGUUCACCACAUUCCUGUUCUGCUUUAUCAUUACUUGAUGACCGAUAACUGUAAUUGUCAUUUUACCUCUAUGCACUUUCUUUAUGCAAAUGCCUCUCCUAAGACAAAUGUGUUCAUGUGUCUGUAACCUGCUGUCAUUGUGUGUUAAUAUUUCACUUGCUCCACCUUGCAGGGUCUAUUUGAAUGUCCUUUUAAUGUAUCAUAUGUGUAAUAAUUAAGAAACGUGUGUCAAAGGGCCGCUGUAUUUCAAGGUACCCUGCUUUGCUUAAGGAACACAUCCCUACAUCUGCCUCCACUGAUCACGCCUUAUCUAAUUAUCAUUGUUCAGAAAUGGGACCGUGUAGAUUUAUUGGUGCAUUACAACUUAAUGCUUUGCAAAAAAUAAAAUACUCUGAAAGUUUUAGCAGCAAAUUACUUGUUGGGUGUAAUGACCCCUUCCAAAGUUGUUUCUUUAUA